AAGAGUGAAGAGGAGGAUAUCUAAAAGAGUCCAUCCAAAUUUGCCUUUUUUGCCACACAAGUAAGAGGAGUGUUCCCUCUCUUUUUUCUUUUGUGCUGCAAUUCCAAAUUCCAAAAUCCCAAAUCUCGCACUGCUUCCACUCUCUCUUCUAUAAAUACACAAAAACAAAAACCUCACCCUCUCUCACUUCACAGUUUCACUCUUCUCCUCGUUCUUCGUCCUCCCCUUUGCAUUGUUUGAAAGAAGCAGCAGAUAAACAACAAAAGAAAAAGUGAGUGUGAGGUUUGGUUAGUGAAGGUGUAAGAAAGGGAGUGAUGGACGGUGGCGGACACUACAACCCUCGCACCGUUGAGGAAGUUUUCCGCGACUUCAAGGGUCGCAGAGCUGCUAUGAUCAAAGCCCUCACCACUGAUGUUGAGGAGUUUUACCGGCAGUGUGAUCCAGAUAAGGAGAACCUCUGUCUGUAUGGAUACCCCACUGAACAGUGGGAAGUUAAUUUACCUGCUGAAGAAGUUCCUCCUGAACUUCCCGAGCCUGCAUUGGGCAUAAACUUUGCUAGGGAUGGGAUGCAAGAGAAGGACUGGCUAACUUUAGUUGCAGUUCACAGUGAUGCGUGGCUAAUUGCAGUGGCUUUCUACUUUGGAGCAAGAUUUGGUUUUGACAGAGCUGACAGGAAACGUCUGUUCACUAUGAUUAAUGAUCUGCCAACAAUUUUUGAGGUUGUGACUGGAACUGCAAAGAAACAGUCGAAGGAAAAGUCAUCAGUUUCAAACCACACCAACAGCAAAUCAAAAUCUAGUUCAAAAGGGCGAGGAUCUGAAUCGGUUAAGCAAACAAAGCAAGCAAAGGAAGAGGAUGAGGGUGCAGAGGAAGAUGAGGAGGAGCACGGGGAGACCCUGUGUGGUGCAUGUGGGGAGCUCUAUGCAGCUGAUGAGUUUUGGAUUUGCUGCGACAUAUGCGAGAGGUGGUUCCAUGGCAAGUGCGUGAAGAUCACGCCUGCUCGGGCUGAGCACAUUAAACAGUACAAGUGCCCCACUUGCAGCAACAAGAGAGCACGGUCUUGAUACAUCAUUGCAUUGGCUGUAUAGCUAUUUCAUGCUAGACUACUAACUAGUUAGUUGCCUAGGCAUUCUCUGUUGUGCCAUCUUAGUGUUUGGCAUCUGUAUUUGGUAGUUUGGUCUUGUGAACUUCUUACGUGGAUAGUUUGUUUCAUUAACAGUUAGUUUAUGGGUUCCAAACCAGUCUGUAUUUGGUAUAUUUAUGUUCCUAGUACAAUUUAACAUUUGUUUGUGCAGAAAGGUUAAUUUGUGCUUACAUAAUAUUGAUUUUCGUUCAUGGUUAA